AGGUUUAUGAUUUGUUUGUACAAGUAGUACACAGUAGGUUUUUUUAAAAAUAUAUUUUAAUGAGAAGUACAGUUUUUGCAUGGAAAAAAAUGUAGGAUUUUGAUUAAAAUUCACAAUGCUCUCUGUAUGCUGUGAUAAUAGUAGGCCAUUCUAAGCUGUGAUUUAGCUAAGUUAAAUUUUAGAAUAUUAUAACUCUUUUAACACAAUGUGUGAUGAAAGCGAAAUAACUAAUAAAAUUAGAGAAACAAAAAGGCAAACCGAAGCCUUAAAGACACAACUACAAAAUUUGAUAGACGAGGGAAAGAAUUUAGUAUGUCCCUCACAGUCAAAAGUAGAACUUUCAGCAUCAGCUAAUGAAGCAAAGGAACCCCUAAAAUCCCCAAAUACAGUACAAAUAAUUAAGUCUUACGAAACGAAACAUUCCAAACCAAUACAAGGAGCCAUUCCAGCGAAGACUAAAGCAGACUCAUCAAAGAAACCGAAAUAUUAUGAUAUAACUCAAACCAGAGAGUACAUGAAGAAGCAGAAGGAAAGACGGAUAGAACAGUCAAAGGCUCAAAAUGAUGCAAAGCUCAAACUUGAACUGCAGAAAAAGAAAUUGCAAGAAUUGCAUAAGAAGUCGUUGGAGUUGCUAGCCAAAAACGUACAAGCCAAAAGGGAGAGGUCAAAAUCUAGGGAUAGAAAUACUUAUAUAAGGCCAGAUAAUGCUAGCAAUUUGGCAAGUAACUUAAGAAAAGCCAAAUCUAUGGAUAAAUUACAUCAAGUUGUUCAGGUCAAAAAUCCAAAUUUGUUAUACCCUCCUUCACCUGAUUUUGGCAAAAGGUUGAAACAAAACCCUCCAGCUAAGAAAGCUGAUGUACCAAAAGAAGAACCAGAAAAAAUAGUAAUUUUGGCAAGAAAUUUUACCAGGCAAGGCGUCAAGCAGGCAGAACCUACAAAGGAACCUGCUGAUGUUCAAUUAAACCAAAAAUUAAGCAAACGGUUAGAGCAACAUAGUGCUAAAAUCACACAAGAAGACUCUAGUCAAAAUCAGAAUUUAAAUGAGAAAAUCACUGACACUAUUCUUUCAAAACCAAGCAACAAAUAUAAAAAUUUGGAACAUCUCAAAUCCAGAAAAUUAUUUACUGCCGAUGGUGCGGAAAAUAAAAGUGUAGAUUUUGCUGUAAAACAUACCGAACCAUCUGUUAAAAACAUUCUAGAAUACAAGUCACCCAAUUUGGAUCUCUCCAGUGUGACAACACGACAAAGUACAGAAGACAAAAAAAGCAGCCAAGAUUUGGGUGCCAAGCCAAAAGAGCUCACCCCACUUUCAACGCCAAUAAAACCCCCAGAAGAAACAAGAAAACACUCCAAAGAAAUUCAGACCGAAACCAUCCCCAAAGAAUUCCCUAAAUGGUUGGAAGAACAACCUCCACAAGCGUAUCCCUUUAAUUUUAUGAAUACCAUAACCAGAAAGUUACACGAGGUCACUAAUAGACAGAAAGAUAUAGGAAUUCAAAACACGAUAGUGUCAACAAAGGUUCACGAAAAAGUCGACGUUGUUGCCAGUGGUAAAAAUCACGAGAAUUCUAAACUAAGAUCUUUUAUAUCACACAAAUGCCUCAAUUUAGAUCCGGUGGCUAUAGAACAUUUAGAACUAGUACCGAAGAAAAAUUUCGAUGUUCUUAAAAGAAUCUCGCAUAGAUCGACGCAAAUCACUGAAACCGGAAGCGAAUCUGACACUUCUAAAAAUAUUCCAGAAAUAUCUAGCGAAAGUGGUACCUCUUUAAAGAAAAACAAAGAGUCUGUGAGAAAAGUCUUAUUGUCAGACAACUACGUAAUAAACACUGAUAAAAUAGACAGUAUGAAGCUCGUACCUCAUAGUAAGAGUGGUACUACUAUAAAAUCAGACAGCCAGAUACCCACGGAGACAAACCUAACAAAACAAAAGAAACUUGGCGACUAUUCCACAAAAGAAAAGAAGAUUACUGACAAUUUAACAGUAGAUAACGCUUAUGGUUCAGAUUUUGAGUCUGACAUAUCAAACGAAGAAAAUUUCAAUAGAAGCCGUAGAUCUAUCAUCAGCUUCAAUAGAUCUCCAUAUAAUAAAGCUUCAUUUAUUGAACCUGAUCCGGGAAAUGACGAAAUUACUAGUAAAAGUCCAGUUUCUCAUCAGAAAACUGUGUCUAGUGUCAACACCGAGAUGAUUCUCAGUAAGAAUUCAAGAUUAACUGAAAAAACUGAUAGCAAAGUAUCUUCGUUACAGAAAAGUACGUCAGACAAGUAUAAUACCUCAAGUACUCACUCGAUUGGUACUUCACAACAUGACCAAGGGAGUCUAGAUACUCCAAAACCUGAAAGUAUCAGUAGCAUCAGUAAAGUAUCUCCCGAUUCAGUAAAACGUACUGACAACGUAAAAAUUAUCACUUCGAGCAAAAAUUCCUCUGGCGGUACCGAAUCAGUACUAACAAAUUUGUCACAUCACAGUCUUAAGAAUAUUAACGUACAAAGAGGCUCUUCGAGUAUCGAGGAAGAAAGAUCUGAAGUUUUGCCGCUGACGGAGCCCAAAGUAUCGUUGGUACAGAGUUCCGAAGUUGCCAAAUCCAACGGCGCAGAAGGAACCACUCGUCUUGUUAAGAAUUUGUCGGUGCAGUCGAGUAAGGUGUCCACCAAAGCGAAUUUGAACGAACCGAAUCAGAUUCAUUUGAAGUUCGAAGCUGAGAUUCACCUGCUCAACGAUUUCAAUGAGUCCCUUAAGAAGUUUUCUGCCUUGGAACAGGCGUUAGAAACGUUAAAAAACAAAAAUACAGUCGCAGCUUCAAAAGUACUUCAAAACAAUGCCGCCCAGACGUCCGUGAUCGCCAAUACAUCUACAAUCUCCACCAGGCCCAAGGAGAAGACGUCCAAAGUCGAAACGGCGAGAAGCUCACCGUCUCAUACUUCCCACAUCAACUUCUCCAGAGGAUCCUUCAUAAACACCAUCGACGACGACCUAGAUCUGUUGAAAGAUACUAUAGUGGACAAAGAUAAGUCUAGUAUCCUUUCCACAGGGCUGGAGAUUUCAAAUUUGAACUCUAUCAAUCAAUCUCUGUCUGCGAAGAGCGAGGAUCAUUUCUCGAACUUCGAGAAUUUGCAGACUGUUAAUUUCGCUGGACUCUCGCUGAAUAUGUUCGAACAACUUAUCAAAGACGAAGACGUCCGCCUAGAAAACCUGAAAACCAUUUUGAAAAUCCGCGAACAGGCGUUGUUGGACAGAACCAAAGGAGAGCUGGCCUGGUUGGAAAUACAGAGGAAGCACUUCAAAGAAACGGGCAAGUUGCACGAGGCGUCGGUGAUCAAGAAGAAGCAGAGAGGCAUUUUGGUCAAUCAUCAGAAGGAAAAACAUGAAAUGCAGAGGCUUAAGCAAAUGCAAAGGGCUGCAUCGAUAGAAAGAAAAAUCGUUCUUAAAGAACAGAGAAAUCUGAUACGACAACAACUUUCUACAGACAACAUGCUGUCCAAGAUGAAAGUGAAUAGUACGAGGGAAAGAAGAUCAUCAGGACCUCUAAAGGUUCUUCAGAGUCACACAGAGUUUAUAAGAUCCGAAACCUCGGUAACGAAGAGAAGCUCCAGCGACAAGGAAAAACAUAGCGAUGUCUUCAGCAUUACGUCACAUCAGUCGAUGACUCAUUCUGUAGUCUCAGAAAUAUCAGAAGUCGAAGCGUCGACCAAGGAUUUACCAUCUAGGGAGCAACAGAAACACAUUAAAAGGACGCUUUUGAUGCGAGAAGAAGCGCUCAAAAAGCGUAGGAAGGCCGCGGAAGAGCUGCUGCAAUGGCACAAAAAGCUGCUGGAAGAAGAAAAGAGGAUAGCGGUCUUAGAAUCAACGGCGAGUGCUAUUAUUUCGCAAAAACCUAGUAGCUCCAAAUCUCAGGAGAAAUUCAACUUCAAGGGCAAGCAGCUCAACCAAUUAUGGCUCAACUUGACGGGCAACGAAGGCAAGAAGUUCACCGAUGACAAAAUCUACCCGAUGUCACAGUUAGACCUGGAGCAUUUCUGCAAAAGUGCCCGCGGGUAUUCCCUCAGGACGAAAUCUUUGUUCAAAAAGACUAGCGAUAACUUAAGUGAGAGUGAAAACAUUCCAACACAACCAACUACUGAAAGAGAGUAUUUGUCCGACUUUGAAAAGGAAUCUGUACCAGAAGUCGAUGUCGUUGACCAAAGCAUCGAUAUAUUGAUCAACAACUUCAACCAGAUCCAAGACGACAUUUCGACCCUUAACAUCAUUCACAGCAGGAAAUCUGAUGAAAGCCUGGCAGAAGAUACUGGCAGCAACAAAUUUGACAAGACUGAUUCAGAAGCGGGAACGUCGGUCAUAGAAACGAACAGAACGAGGUCUGUGACUUCACCGAAGAAAUUAUUAACUGCUUCAGUUGAGGCAGUCGAAGAAAAUGUUCCUAGUUUGGAAAAAUCCAGAGAAAGCACUUCAGAAAAAAUUACGUCGUUAGAAAAGGAUACAGAGAUGAUUCCUUCGUUAGAAGAACUUAAUUUGGAUGAAGACAGCAGCCGCAGUGUCUUGGAAGAGACCUCAAAGUUAAAACCUUCCUCCAUUCUAUCGGAGCAAUUAAAAACUGAUCUAUCUAAACAUUCAGCUAAUGAAAAGGAACAAGUAACGACGAAAUCGGAUAUGACAAAGCUCUCUUCAGCUCCUGAUGAACAUCUAACCAGAUCAGUAGAACUGAUGAACUUAGCAAACAAAGAAGCUGUUGAACAACAAAUUUCUAUAGUUGCCAAAGAUGAAGACGUUAGUGAUAUUGACGUUCCACUUGGAGCAGAUUCUAAAGAAACUCUAAAUGAAUCUCAAGAGAUCCUCGAGUUGCUCGGAGAAUCGGAAGUGAAGACAGUCCCCAAAGAUUCCUCGGCAAAAGUUCAGUUGAAGGACAGUGUGACCGAAUCGGAAGAAAUAUUGUCCAAAUUGAGCCAAAUGAUCAACGAAACAGAAGAUAUCAACGAUCAAGUGAUCAAAAGUGUUGAAAUUUCUGAAAUUUCUAUAAGAGCAGUUGAAGAUUUAGGGCCAGGAAAUGAAGAGGUGAUGUCACAUUCUUCGGAAGUUAAGUCCGUGAUAGAUGAAGAUCAGUCCAUAUCACAAAUAAGUACUUCCAAAUCUGAAGAAAAUAUUAAAUAUCAAUUGUCAACUUCUGCGACAGAAGGAAAUAAAGAAAUUAAAAGUUCUGUUAAAAGUAAUGAUUCCGAACAUGAAGAAGAUAGCGCUGAAUCAAAAGUUUCAAGAUUAUCUGACGUCAUUGUAUCGAAAACUCAAGAAGAUAAUAUUAAAUCACAAUCGUCGGCUUCUGCAGAAGAUGUUAUAUCUGCGACAGAAGAAAAUGAAGAAAUCACAAGUUCCAAAGUUGAAGAAGACAUCAUUGAAUCAAAAGCAAAUAGAUCUUUUGAAGAUAUUGCAUCAAAAACCGCAGAAGAUAACACUGAAGUUUCUUCAGCUCUCGUUAGAUCCAAAUCCGAAGAUAAAUCUGAUCAGCAGUUGAAAGAAACUGUAGAAUUCAAAAAGCCCAGCAUCGAGGAAUAUAUCUCCAAAACCAAAUCAACAAUAUCUUCAGAUCAAUCAAGAGCAGCUUCAGACUUAAACUCCCAAACCGAAGACGAUACAAAACUGACAGGAUCUCCCAUACAGUCAAACAGCAGCUUAUCCAAGUCUAUAGAAGAUGGCUUGAGUCAGUCUUUGAAAAAAUUGAUCGAGAUCAGCAAAUCAGAUAUACCAGUGGUCGAAGACAGCGGUAGUUUGUCGAAAGUAUCUGCAAAUGAUGUGCUCCAAGAUAUAUCGGCCCUCGAAGACUUCAUUAAGAGUGAGCUGGAGCGUACUGAAAGCGAAGUGAGCGGAAUGGAACGUCCUAAAGACGAAGAGAGGGAACUGGAACGUGCUAAAAGCGAAGCGAGUGAAUUGGAACGAGCUGAGUUAGAAGCAAGCGAACAGGAACAUGCUGAAGCCCAAACGAACGAAAUAGAACCAAAUGAAAACAAAAUAAACGUAUUGGAACGAAUCGAAAGUGUGGUGAGCGAGGUAGAACCAGCUAGAAGCGAAGAAAAGAUCGAUUUGGGACUUGCUGAAAUCGAAGUCAGCGAUUUGGAAGGAACCAAAUCAGAAGUGAGCGAUUUGGAACAUGCUAAAACUGAAGUGAGCGAUUUGAAAGAUGCUGAAAGCGAAUUGAUCGAUUUGGAGCCUGCUAAGUCCGAAAUGAGCGCUUUGGAACGUGCUAAAAACGUUUCUGUCGAGGAAAUUGUGAACGGAACUUUUGAAAAUUUAGUUGAUGAAGUAGAAGACAACGAUUACAAAUCACUAGAUGACGCGAUAGGAGAUGAAAGUGAUGAUAGCAAAGUAGCACUUUCUGACAAAUCGAACGAAUCCUUUAUAGUUAACGAUAUUAGUGAUGAACUAUCUCAAAACCAAGAAGAUCCUAUAGAAGAAUCUGAAAAACUAUCUAAGGAGUUAGAAGCAAAAGAAGUUACCGAAAAAAGUGAUAAAGACUGUUCAAUUACCGAAGAUUUUGAAGAGGAAACUAGCUCUAAGAGUUCCCGCGUAAUUUCAAAUCUUAGCUACGGUCUCAUAGGAAAAGCUCGGUCGGAAUCAGAUUCUUCUGUUGCUACCAGCAAGGAAGAAGUUUGUUACGAAGAGAAAGAACACGAUUCUUUAUCGUCUGUAACAGGAGGAUCUUCUAGUGACUUAUCGGAACUUGUAGUGUUGGCGAAAGAUCAAAAAGCGAUGAAGAAUAAAAAGAACAUUCAAGACUUGAGUGUGAAAUCGAAGAGUGAAAGUGAUGGGGAGAGUUCUUCGCCUAGAAUGAAUGUGAAGAAACGGGUGUCUGAGAUCUUAGCCGAUGCCAGCUUGUCUAGGAGAGACAAAAGUCACAGAUUGCAAGAUUUGUAUGUGACUACGUAUGAUCUGAUUAGUCCUGCCAACUCUCCAGAAAGAGCUCCAUCUAGUCCAGUAGAAGAGAACAAACUGGUCACAAGCAUAUUCGUCAGCGAAGCUGAAGAAAUCUUACGAAAACAGUUGGCAGUGGAGGAAGAGAUGAAGGCUAUAACGGAGCAACUGCAGAAGGAGCAACUGCCUGUGAUGUACAUCAGGGAAAUCCCCAACAAACCCCCACCUCCGUACACACCGCCCACGUCUCUAACGCAACCUUCUGUACCGACGAUUAUUCCUACAGCUGAAGAAAUCGAAGAAAUUACAAUGUAUUCGGCGAAAAUCCUACACAAGGCCUAUUUGUCGAAGAAUUUGGUUAAUGUGAACAUCUCUAAUAACACGUUGAGUCUGAUUUCAAAGAAUAUCUCGAAGGAUUGCUAUAAAUUCGUUUUCGAUUUGUGUAAAGAUAUCGCAAGGAAGCAUUACAGCCAAUUCGAAGAAGAUCAUUCGCCGUCUUGGUUGCGCGUUCCCAAGAAAGCAGACUUUUCGCCUGUCAAACCGUUCGAUACGGAAAGCCUAAAGCUUCACAUGAUCCAACAGCUCAAGGAGAUUUUCGGCUACCAGAAACCGCCCAAGACGGAAACCGUCAACAUCAAAUGGAACCGGAAGAAAAGCGACCACGUCUACGACAUUUUGGUGUUGGAGUGUCAACAAGAAGAAGCCCAAUUCACGAACUACCAAAAGGACGAGUUGUUGGUGAAGGAUCAAAUUACGAACGAAAUAUUUGACAGUUUAUUGAAUGAUACCGCUAGUGUUUUAGCUAGAUUGUUGUUAAAGAGAAAUUAAGUGGUGAGAUUUCCGGAUAUUGUGUAAAACAUGGCAACGCUGUACACCGUGAGGUUAACGGAAAUUGUGCGAAAAGCGGCAAAACUGCACACCUAGAGGAGUAUUUAGAGAGCUAUGAUAUUUUCACCCACACUAUGAAGUAUCUGUGACUGAUAAUAAUCUAUUAUAAAUGAUCCAGUUUUAUGGAAACAUAUUUUGUCUAAAAAACUAUUAAGAAUUGUUAAAAGCGUCUUCAAAAUUGCCUUAUCUGCUAACAGUUCUCAAUUCUUUUAAAUUUGUUACUUUUAAUACUGAAUUAGUCAAGGUAAUAUUUUGUUCAGUUCAUUUUGGCGUUUUUUGCUUCAAUCCUUUAAACAAAACAGCUUGAAAUGAUGAAUCAAUGAUUUAAAUUAACUAAAGUUAGGUAUUACUGAACCUGGAGUUGUAUAAUAUGCAUAAUAGAAGAAAAUAUAAAAACGGUGAAAUAGGAAUUUCUAGAUCAAUAUUAUUUCACAUCUAUACUAUACUCCAAAUCUAGAUUUCACGUCUACAUUUAUCCUUUCAGAUUCCAAACCAUAUUUCACAUACAUAGAGUCUCAACCAUAUUUUACAUAUACUCACUUCGAUAGCUAUCUGAGAAUUUGUGCUUGACGUUUAUAUUUCACACAUUUUUUUCACAUUUUUCAUAUCUAUGUUUAACAUCUACGUGUCACGUCCAAAUAUCUACUUAACAUCUACAAAAUAUUGAAAUAAACGGCAUUAUAUGUAUUUCACGUAUAUUUCACAUCUAUAUUUCUUAACAUUCCUUUUAUUUUGUAUGUUUUGUUUCGACCAUUUGGCAAGCAAAGAUUGAAAUGAUACAGUAAAUGAUUUAUUUGACAUUUUUACAUUAAAUGAAGAAAUGAAACGGAAGAAGAAAAUAACAUGAUAUAAUGCAGGAAUAUACACGAAUUAAUAACGUAACUAUACAGUGAUGAGCGCGCUAAUAACCGGCAAAAUAACGCAAAAGAUGGAAAACGUAAUACAUUGCGAAACAAAAAGAGAUGAAACUAUUGGAGGUGGAAAUUAUCGGUAUAAACAUAUAAAUUAACAUUACAUUACAUACUUUCCCACCUUUAGACGUAUCAGAGGAGUAUGACAACUGUCACAGUGACAGUACACAGACGUCUACAGGGGGGAAAUUAUGUAAUGUAAUGUUAAUUAUUUAUACGUUUAUAACGAUAAUUUCCACCUCCACUAGUUUCAUCUCUUUUUGUUUCACAAUGUAUUAUGUUUUUCAUCUUUUACGUUAUUUUGCCGGUUAUUAGCUCGUUCAUCACUAUAUAAACAACUAAAUGCUAAGUUGAAAAUUAUGUGGUCGGCGGACAAAAGUAGAUAACGAUGGCUUAGUGUGAAAACCUCAUAUCUCAUUUUACAGAAAACUUUACAUGAGUGACUUUAAACUGAAUUUAUGCAUACUCUAACCCAAAAUAUAUAUGAAAAAUGUAUGUGUAAUGAUCUAAACAUACUCAGAAUCAAAAAUAUGUAAAGAUAGUUUUUUUGUUUUAAGUUAGAGUAUGCAGAAAUUCAGUUUAAAGUCUCACUUGUAAAAUUUUCGGUGAAAUGAGAUAUGAGGUUUUCACACUAAGCUAUCGAUAAGUCCAUUCUUGAAAAACAAUUUAAAUUGUUAAAAACACCCAAGAAAAAAAUUAUCUACUGCUGAAAUCCUCUUCUUCUUCAGCUUGUUUGUAAAAUAACUUGUUAUAUGUGUAGUUCAAUAUCCAACAGUGAACUUUUUCAUAAUCAAAAUUUUAACUUUAAUUAAUUAAUUUUAGCUUUAAAACUCAAAAAAUGAAUUGUAUGCUUUUGUCCACCGACCCCACAAUUGUAGAUAUAAGUCACCAAACGGCAACAAACACCAGAGAAAAAGAACAUUUUAUCUCUAUAAUUGGAUAUAUUUACGUUAUAUUUGUUCUAUAAUCCUGUGGCUCUCAUAUUUCACAUCUACACUUCAAAUAUAGAUUUCAUGUUUAGUUCUUGACUGCGUUUCACAACACACUUUCAGGUUAGAAAUUUGAGAAGUCUUAAUUAGAAAUUUCAUACUUCAAUUUGACGAUGUGCUGUAAAAUAUGGAUAAGAAAUGUGAGUGUGAAAUUUGGAAGGGAGUAUAGAUGUAAAAUAUGAGAUAAGGUGAAAGAGAUGAAGAUAGCAGGGUGCAAUGCAGUAGCAUGCAUGAACCAAUCGCAUAACUGUUCAGAAAACUAAAUGUAAAGUUGACAAUUUUAUUGUAGAUAGGAGUGACACAAAAGUCAACGAAACACAAGAAAUACCAGAAGAGAAGAAUAUUUCAUCUCUGUAAUAUAAUAAAACACGUUAUAUUUGUUGUACAAUCAUUUGGAACUUAUAUUUCACAUCUACAUUUCAAAUUUAGAUUUCACAUCCGUAUUUCACAUCCACAGUUCAUGACCGUAUUUCACAACACAACUUCAAGUUGUGGGAAAUUUGCUAAGUCUUAAUUGUAAAUUUCAUAGUUCAUAUUGAAGGCGUGCUGUAAAAUAUUAAUAAGAAAUGUAAAUGUGAAAUUUGGAAGGGAAUAUAGAUGUAAAAUAUGCGAUGAAGUGAAAGAGAUGAAGACAGCAGGGUGCAAUGCAUGAACCAAUCACAUAACUGUUCAGACAAUUAAAUGUAAAGUUGAGAAUUGUAGGUAGAAGUGACACAAAAGUCGACGAAACACAAGAAACGCCAGAAGAGAAGAAUGUUUCAUCUCUAUAAUAGGAUAAAACACUUUAUAUUUAUUGCGCUAAUAUUCCACGUCCUUAUUUCACAUCUACACUUUAAAUCUGGGUUUGACAUCUACAUUUCACAUCCACAGUUCUUGGACAUAUUAUACAGCACACUUUCAAGUUGUGUGAAAUUUGCAAAGGAUUAAUCGCAAAAUUUGAGGAAGUGCUGUGAAAUAUGGAUCAGAAAUGUGGAUGUGAAAUCCAGAUUUGAAGUGUAGAUGUGAAAUAUUGACGUGAAAUAUAGAAGUGGAACAAACUGAAGUGUGAACUUUGCAGAUAGUCUUAUUAGAUUAUAUUUGUAAGAUUCUAUGAAUUUCUAGUUUUCAUCUGUGUGAAAUAAUUUUAGCAAGCAUCAAAAAUUUAACUUUAAAGGAAUUGAAAACUUCGUUGGCAGGCAAAAACCUUUCAUUCAGAAUGUUUUUAAAACGUUCUGGACUUGUGUUAUUUAUUUUUUACACUUAUUCGUUUAAUGUAAAUAUUAAGGGAGGGUAAAAAUCUCAAAUCAAAGUGUGAAUGAGGUAUAAAAUUAAAGAGAGAUAGAGAUGGAUGAUAUUUUGUAAACCACCUCAGAGCCUUUAUAGGUUUUAAAAUGCCUUUAUUUCGUUCUGUCAACCUUUAGUUCACGAAAUUAACUAUUUUUUAUAUGCACUUGACAUUUCUUGAUGUGUUGUGUAAAAUACUCACAAGAUAAUCAGUAGAACCAAGCUUAAAAAGCCGUAACUAACUGAUGAGAGGAUUAAUUAUGUAAAUAGACAUUUUGCUACAAAAUUAAAUACAAUGGAACCCCGAUAAGUCGGCCCCCGAUAACCCGGAAGUCCGGCUAACCCGGACCGAUUUUCAUCAGACAAGCAUUUCAACAAUAAUAAUGUAAUAUAAUAUUUGAGACAAUGGGUAUUUGUGUAAUUUUAACUAUACGAUAGUAAAAAUGACUCAUGGCAGACGGCGGCAGAACAACGUCCAUUGACUCGGAUUAUAGGAAACAACAGGCACCUGUUAUUCCUUUAUUUAUUUCAAACUGUCUUAGCAUUGUUUAAAAAAGACUAAAAGACUAUUUAAAGAAUUAUUUUUUAAACAAUGGUCUUAGUCUCCACUGUUCUUAAAUAACAUAACAUCGUUCCGAUUGUGACCGUAUUGUGUGUAGUACAGUCGUAUUUCAAUUAUAGCGGAGUUUAUCUGUAAGUAUACCGUAUUUUAUUAAUUUUUACCAUAUACUCCAGCUAACCCGGAUUUUAGAUAACUCGGAUCGGCCGUGGUCCCGAUUAAUAAGAGUUAUCCAGGUUCCACUGUAUAUUAAAUCUAGUGAGCAAAGGCAAGUUUUUUUAGGACAAUACAUACAAGUUUUCCCAUACAGAAGUAAAAAAUUGCUUUGUGAUUUAUGUACUAGAUCUGAUUUUGCCUAAUGAUUCAUAGAAAAUACCAAUAAAAUUGCCGAGGCAACUCAUCAAGGUCAUACUAUGUGCUCAAAAUCAAUAUAACCUCAAAAGAGGAGGCACGUCAUGCAUCUAACUUCAGAAAAUGAGUUUGUGUUUCAUCUCUGUCUCUAUCUCUAUAGGUGUAUUCGCGGAGUAAAUCCUGAACUUACUCAGAGGGAAAACUUCCUGCGCAUUAGCUGUUCACAGGGAAAAAUUCGACCUUAUCGAAUGCCCAAUUUUGUAUUGUGCAGGCGUUCUCCCUCUGUGUAAGUUCAGGAUUUGCUCCGAGAAUAGACCUUAUAAAUAUCAUUCUAAGUAGCGUAGUAAUAAAGAAAAAGUAAUACUUCGUUAACUUUAUGAAAUCAUAUACAAUUUUUACAGAUUUACAAUUUCAGUAACAAAUAGCUAAACACAAACUGUACAACUAAGAAGUCAUUUUUUAUUGUUAGAAACAUUUUCAAAUAUUUUUUUAUGAAAUAUUUAAUACAUGUACAUAUUUUACUGAGGUUCUAACACAUUUUACGAUGUUAUUAUUUUGUAUUUUUAUAAGUGUUUUGUUGUCGUAAGUUAUUGUAUUGUUUUAAGUAUUAUUUGAACUGUUUUACAGAACUGAAUAAAGUCUAUAAAUUAU